UCACUUUUUUGCGCCCUUUUCUGCGCCCUUUUCUGCUGCUGAGCAUAUUCGGACUCCUUCGGUUCAUCGGUCGCAAAUGGAUACAGAUAUCGAGGAUCCGACAGACUGGCCAGCAGAGUUUGCCCACCUGCGUGAGACUGACCAACUACUGCGUUGUCCAAUAUGUAAGGAGUAUCUCGACACAGCCAUGGCCUCUGCGAACUGCGGCCACACGUUCUGUUCCCUCUGCGUGCGCCGGUGUCUGAGUCAGAAAACCCAAUGUCCCAUGUGCCACGACCAGCUGACCGAGAGCGACCUGCAGCCCAGCCGGCUCAUUGAUAGUCUCGUGAAGUCGUUCAAACAGGGCCGUCGCCAGUUGCUGGACACGCUGACUCGCAAUCCGCAGUCCCCAGCGCCUGCGCAAAAUGGCCAUAGGAAACGGCCGCGGAUACAGACGCGCAGUUCUACACGAACUGCCGAGGGAAUGCUACCGACACCGCAAGCGACCUCGGACAGACUGGCAGCAGCCGAUCUAUCAUCAGACAAUGAGCUGCCUGCAGCUACUGACGGCGAGUAUCUCGGAAGCUCCCCCAGCAGUGUACAGAUCAUCGAUGACGACGACGCGACUUUGCGCGGCUCAUCGCGCCGCGCCAAACCCACUAUGGUCUCCUGCCCCAGCUGCGGCGCAAAGGUGCGGGAGUCAACCAUCAACUCACAUCUGAAUCGGUGCCUGGCAGGCAAGACCACCGAGCCUGAUUCGAAGAACUUUUUGCGUUCUCGCCGCACUGUCCCAUUAUCCACAGGUGCUAGCCGCCUGCCUAAACCAACAAAACUCGCCUACAAGCUGCUGACAGAGUCCAAGCUACGCAAAGUGUUAAAGGAGCUUGGCAUCAGAGCCACAGGCGAUAAGCACCAGAUGCAGGCACGGCAUAGCGAGUGGUCGCCGGUAUCAGACCGCCAGCUGCUGAAGCGCCUCGAUGUCUGGGAGUCCACUGCGUCCAAACCCGAUGCAACGAAAACACUUGCCACUCAAAGGGAUGUCGAUCGAGCAUGCAGCCAAAUAUGCCAGCACGCGAGCACGGCCCGAAGGCCAGUGGUGGCAUCAAUUCCCGAAUCACCACCAUCGUCGCAGGUAUAGAAAUUGUGUAGUUUUGAUUUAGUUAUCGGUUCGACGUUGAAAGAUAUUUAGCGCGCAC